AUGCCUCCCAAGAAAGCAAUCACAAAUGGCAAGCGGAAAGCUUCAACGUCCGCCGAACCAACUUCCAAUGGAAUGAAGAAGUCCAAGCUUGACGGGACCAAUGACCAUAUCAAGGAACCCCAUCCCAAAGCUCAAGAAGCAGAGGAAAAUGGCAUCGUCCUCCGAAAAUAUUACCCACACGAAAUGUCGAACGCGCGAGCACUGGCCUACAACAACGGUGAAAUUACACGUCCUAUCGAGCUCCUAAAUGCGGCACUGUCAGGGACGAAAGAACAGAGGGAGAAGAUACAGGUCAAGGACGCGGUGGUUCACUGGUUCAAAUGCGAUUUGAGGACGAAGGAUAAUAAAUCUUUACAUUUGGCGAGCGAGAAAGCUAAGGAGAAGGGCGUCCCGUUGAUUGGGAUGUAUAUUGUUAGUCCGCAGGACUUCGAGGCACAUUUGACAGCUCCAGUGAGGGUGGAUUUCAUACUCCGGACGUUGGAGGUGUUGAAGUCGGAUUUGGCGAAGCUGGAUAUCCCACUCUACGUCGAGACUGUGGAGAAGAGGAAGAAGAUUCCAGACAGAAUAUUGGAGUUGCUUGAUGUAUGGGGCGCGAGUCAUUUGUUUGCGAACGUGGAGUAUGAGGUUGAUGAGUUGAGGAGGGAGGCGAGCUUGGUGAGGGCGUGCUUGGAACGGGGAAUUGCGAUGGAUGUUGUGCCCGACACCUGUGUGGUCAGUCCUGGGGAGUUGGCGAGUGGAACGGGCAGACAGUAUUCGAUUUACACUCCAUGGUUCAGAGCGUGGGUUGCUUAUAUUCACGGACAUGCCGACGUAUUGAAUUUGUUCGACGAGCCGGGAAAGAAUCCGGAGAGUGCGAGGAAGAAAUUGCGGAAGCUUUUCGAGAGCAACAUUCCAAGUGCGCCGGAGAACAAGAAGUUGACUGAGGAGGAGAAGGAAAGAUUCAGAUCAAUGUGGCCAUCAGGAGAGCACGAGGCGCAUGAACGUCUGAAGAGAUUCUGUGAUGAGCGCAUUGGAGGGUAUUCUGACAACCGAAACUUCCCCGCAAAAGGUGCAACUUCGUCGUUGAGUGUACACCUCGCAAGCGGCACAUUAAGUUCAAGAACGUGUGUUCGCACGGCACGAGACCACAAUAGUACGAAAAAGCUGGAUGGAGGAAAUCAAGGAAUUCAAACUUGGAUUAGUGAAGUAGCAUGGAGGGAUUUCUAUAAGCAUGUCAUGGCACACUGGCCUUACGUUUGUAUGAAUACACCUUUCAAACCCGAGUAUACUAAUAUCGACUGGGAAUAUAAUAAUGAGCACUUUAAAGCUUGGUGCGACGGGAAAACUGGAUAUCCUAUCGUCGACGCCGCAAUGCGGCAACUCAAACACUGCGGCUACAUGCAUAAUCGGUGUCGAAUGAUUGUGGGGUCUUUCCUCGCCAAGCAUCUCCUUCUCGAUUGGAGAAUGGGAGAACGAUAUUUCAUGGAGCAUUUAAUCGAUGGCGAUUUUGCCUCCAAUAAUGGCGGCUGGGGUUUCAGCGCAUCAACAGGAGUGGAUCCACAGCCAUACUUUCGGAUCUUCAACCCUCUCCUUCAGAGCGAGAAGUUUGACGCUGGUGGAGAAUACAUUCGGAAAUGGGUUCCGGAGCUGGAAGGGAUACAAGGAAACGCAAUACACGAUCCACAUGCAAGAGGGAAGGGCAAUGAAGCGAAAAGGAAAGGAUACCCGGAGAGAAUUGUGGACCACAAGGAAAGUAGGGAUCGCGCUUUGGCGCGAUACAAGCAGGGACUCGGACGAGAUGCGGCGUGA